GUUGAAGAGAGCAGACUCGUCUUCAAUAUGGAAGGGAAGAGCUACGAUGCGGCAUUCUUUCAAAGAGCUUUGUCAAAAGCCUACAGUUGCCCUAAUCUGAGCAUUGAGGAAUUCUCCAUCAAUGUAGUGACUCCCAGUGGGGCUAACUUUUGCAGUAUUAUUUAUAGAGUGGCUCUGGAGUUUCGCCGGUCUUCUGGUUCUCCUCUGGAGUCUGGAAAGUAUAUAAUCAAAGACCUGCUCCCGGUUGCAGCUGAUUUGGGAUCCAAAGAACAGUACAUGUUUGAGAAAAUACUCCCAGAAAUGGAAUCCAUUCUCGAAAAAGCUCAUCUCGGCGAACAUAAACUGAGUGCAAAAUGCUUUUUUGCAGAUGUAGCUCCUGGCAAGGAGAUAUACAUUCUUGAAGAUCUAGGAGCCUUGGGCUACACAUCUUUGAACCGAUUUCAAGGCCUGUCUACAGAAGAAGCCAAGGUGUGCCUCAAAAAGAUAGCCCAAUUUCAUGGAGCUUCUAAGGUCCUGUGCGAGGAGCAGCCUGAUUUGGUGGCCAAACUUUCACCAUCUCAUUACACGAAUGGUAUCUCUGAUCCGGUUACUAGUGCUAUCUUACUAGAUGGCACCACAUAUGUUGCGGAUUUAUUUGCCGCAGAACUCCCGGAGAUUUCCAGAAAAAUGAAAGCCCAAAUACCGGAGAUCUAUUCGAAUUCAAUGCAGAAAGUGGUUGAUCCAAAACUGUCCAACUUGAAUACAAUAAUCCACGGAGAUACCUGGUUGAAUAAUAUAAUGGUGAACAGGAAAGAGGAAAAGGCUGUCCUGUUGGACUUUCAGGGCAGUUUCUUUGGCAGCCCAGCCAUCGACUUGCACUUCUUCUUCUAUACAAGUUUGCAAUCGGAGGACCUCUUCAACCGACAGGACGAACUCCUGGACUUUUAUUUCAGACACUUCACAGAUACCUUAAAAGAAUGUAAAUUUAAAGGCCAGCUCCCCACUUUUGGCCAACUACAGGACGAGAUGCAUCGCUGUUUGUAUUAUGGAUACUUCUCCGCCGUCUGUGAGUUCCCCACUUGCCGGGCUCCUCCAGAGGCCACCGAUGGCUUUGAUGUCAAAACUUUCUUAAAUCCAGAAGAAAUGUUGAAGAAACGUGGUCUCAUGUACGCCAACGAAGAGGUGCGUCAGAGGAUCAAGAAAAACCUCAUUUAUUUUGAUCGGCAAGGGAUACUAGAAACUCCUUAGAUGUACUUGGAAUUGAAGAAUAUAUUCAAUGUGGUUUUAA